AUGAAAAACGAACGGAAUAAUCGAGAGCUUGGGGCACACUACCGUUCAAGACUCGAAAUGAGCCCGAAGAGAGACAGAGAUCUUUCGAUCACCGUCGUGUCCUUCUAUAUGAAAAUCGUUGGCUUUUGGCCGGUGAAUAAUCAUGUCGAACAACGUUGGAGGAACUUUGCUACGAUUUAUACGAUUUUCGCGAUUCUCAUCGCCAUCGUGGUCGAAACGAGGGAUCUGUUCUUCACUUGGGGAGAUUUUAGCGGUACUGUAUACAUCAUGUGCAACCUCGUAACUAUUAUUCUAGUUUUGUUCAAAAUUUUGGUUUGUUUUGUAUACAAAACGGAGUUGCUUAGUUUGAUACGGUGUAAACGUACUUGUACGGUUCUCGUUUGCGUCUUCACUUUCUUCGCUCAAGGAACAGUUAUCUCUUACAUGAUAGGACCAAUUCAAGCAAAUAUUGGAAGAAACGAAACAAAUCGGAUACUUCCAUUCAACGUAUGGUUGAACGCACCAAUAAUCUACAUGACACCAUACUUCGAGAUCGAGUUUAUCAUACAGAUUUUGUGCCUGUAUCAUGUUGGCGUAUCCUAUCUUUGUUUCGACAAUAUUUUAUGCAUUAUAAAUCUACAUACUGCUGGACAGUUUCGUAUCUUACAAUACAGACUUGAAAAUAUGUGCGGUGUAAAUAACAACGGAAAAUUGUCGCACAGCAUAUGUAAAUAUAUGAAACUUAAAACUUACAUUCAGCAACAUCAAAUGCUCAUCGAAUAUUGUAAAAAACUCGAGCAAGUGUUUAAUUUGAUCGUGCUUGGACAAGUGUCGCUGUUCAGCUUAUUAAUGUGCCUCGAUGGAUAUUUAGUGUUUACGGAAGACGCUCCUCUUACGAGACGCCUUAUUUUCCUAUUUCAUAUAACGGGUUGCAUGUGUCAACUGCUGAUGUUCACCUAUAGUUGCGAUUGUCUGAUACGAGACAGUACGAACGUAGCUAAUGCCGCCUACAAAAGCUUAUGGUCGUUUCUGCCGAUGGACAAAUAUGGGAAAAUAUUACGAAGAGACUUGAUGUUGAUUAUCAUGAGAUCUAACAUACCGUGUUGUCUGACCGCCAGUGGAUUCUUCGUCGUAUCACUGGAAACGUAUACCGGAAUUCUAAGUACCGCGGCAUCGUACUUUACGUUGUUGAGAAAUCAUGCAAGCGAUACGCCUUAAAUGCGAGUACCACCAAC